AGAAUCCAGAUAUAAUUACUGCACGUUUUUCUUCGCAAUGGGGCGAGUGUUACUCCUCUCGUUUAAUUUGUAGCGUGGCUGCUUCCGGUGUGGGAGUGUGCGAUGUGGCCGAGUCUAUGCGUGUUACUGCUUCGCUAAAUUAGCUGGCUGCAGCCUUUCAGGGAUACCGCUCACGGACCUCCAGAGACCUCGGUGCAAUAAAAAUGGCUGCAGAGAUCUCUACGUCCAUAAACAUCAACGAGCCCCGUUGGGACCAAAGCACAUUUGCGGGCCGCGCCAAGCAUUUCUUUACCGUCACUGACCCGCGAAACGUCCUCCUCACCAAGGAACAGCUUGAACGCGCACACAAAAUCAUCACCGACUACAGAAAAGGAAUCGUCUCCCCGGGGCUGACGGAAGACGAACUGUGGCGAGCCAAAUAUGUUUUUGAUUCCGCUUUCCAUCCGGAUACCGGAGAAAAGAUGAUCUUGAUUGGCCGCAUGUCAGCGCAAGUUCCGAUGAAUAUGACCAUCACUGGAUGCAUGAUGACAUUUUACAAGACCACUCCAGCUGUGUUGUUCUGGCAGUGGAUCAAUCAGUCUUUCAACGCAAUCGUGAACUACACCAACCGCAGCGGCGACGCUCCCAUCACAGUCAGUCAGCUGGGCACAGCGUAUGUCUCGGCCACCACAGGGGCAGUCGCCACCGCGCUCGGACUAAACUCACUGACAAAGCAUGUCUCACCUCUGAUCGGACGCUUUGUUCCGUUCGCUGCUGUAGCCGCUGCAAAUUGCAUCAACAUCCCGCUAAUGAGGCAGAGAGAACUGAAGCAUGGCAUUCCCAUAACAGACGAGAACGACAACAGGAUAGGAGAGUCAUCCAAAGCUGCACAGCAGGCUAUCUCUCAGGUUGUGGUCUCAAGGAUCCUCAUGGCUUCUCCGGGGAUGGCCAUCCCGCCCUUUUUAAUGAAUCAUUUGGAGAAGAAGGCUUUCCUGAGGAGGUUCCCGUGGAUGAGUGCACCAAUUCAAGUCAGCCUGGUGGGAUUCUGCCUGGUGUUUGCGACUCCACUGUGCUGCGCGUUGUUCCCCCAGAAGAGCUCUAUAUCAGUUAGUCGCCUGGAGCCUGAGCUGCAAGAGAACAUCCGGGUCAGUCACCCGGGCCUGGAGCGUGUCUACUUCAACAAGGGGCUCUGAGAGCCCCUUCCACCACAGAGCUCAAACGCUGCUAUGACCUGGCGCCGGCCACCCCUCAUUUAGUGUGCCAAAGUUAAGUUUGCAUCUGCUCAUUUCAAAUGAACAGCUUUCUCUUCAUUCUCUCAACAAUUGUGUGAAUUUUUAUUUCUUUAAUCUGCAUUUAAAAAAAAUAAAAUAUAUACAUAUAUAUAUUUUUUUUAACAACCUACCGUAUUGGCCCGAAUAUAAGACGGCCCUGAUUAUAAGACGACACCCCCUUUUUCAAGACUCAAGUUUGAAAAAAUACUUUUUGAACACCAAAUUAAUUUUUAUACAGAAAAUAAUUACAGUACAUGUGAAACAAAUGAUUA